AUGUUUGGACUCGGCAGUUUGUUCCGUUUGGGUGUCGAGGCUGCAUUGCUGUCUGCUUUCUUGGCUGGUGUCCAGAGAUCCACUGGUAUAACUCCUAAUCUCAACAGAAUCAAGAACAAGGAUAUAAGGAACGUCUUGAAACAAUACUUGGAGUUUGGAGAAUAUACGUUUGACUUUGCUGUCGUCUUCUUUGGGCGCUCCGAAUACUUCGAGAGGAAGCGAUGA